CAAACUCCGCAACUACCAGGAUCGGGCUCUCAGCUCAGUUCAGCUCUGCUCUCUCUCUCCACCCACACCCCGCCAUCGACCGGCCGGCUCGUGCCUCUGGCCCUCCACCAUGCCGCUCCUCCGAUACUCGCCGCCCCCCUACUCUCUCCCACCCUCCGCCGCGCCUCGCUGCCCAGGAUCCCUCCUCCGCUCUCCCGGUGCCAACAUCUCCACCACGCCGCCGCGCGGUCCCUCCACCGCCGUCCUAGCCGCGAACCGCGUCGUGUUGGGGUGCGGGCUGGUAACGCUGGACUACCUCGCCACGGUGGACGCGUACCCGCGGCCCGACGACAAGAUCCGCAGCGGGGAGCUUCAGAUAUCAGGGGGCGGGAAUGCCGGGAACGCGCUGACCGCUGCCGCUCGCCUGGGCCUGAACACGAGGUUGAUCUCCAAGGUGGCCAACGAUGAAAUUGGAGGAACUGUUCUUUCAGAGCUCAAGGAAGCUGGAAUUGAUGUGUCACAUGUUAUAAUCUCUAAUGGCGGAAACACAACAUUUGUUUAUGUUAUUAUUGAUAAGACAACGAAAACUCGCACAUGUAUAAUCACGUCAGGCUACCCACAAAUGGUUCCUAGUGAUUUAUCAAUGUCAAAUUUGUCAGCUGCACUGCAAGAUGUAAACUUGCUAUACCUAGAUGGAUACUCACAUGAAAUGGCAUUAGCUGUUGCUAAGCAGGCUGAUCUGAUGAAGAUUCCUAUACUGGUUGAUGCGGAACCGGAAAGAACAAAGACGGAAUUGGAAAGUUUACUCGGAGUAGCAAGUUACAUUGUCUGUUCAGGGAAAUUUCCAGAGAAAUGGACAUCCAUCUCAUCCAUUCCGUCUGCACUACUAGAGAUCCUUCUGCAAUAUCCCCAUGCAAAAUUUGUAAUUGCAACCCUUGGAGAGAAGGGCUGCAUGAUGCUUGAGCAGAUCGAAGAUGGUGAUGAUCCUGGAGUGGGUGCAGCAGAUAUAAAGAAUGUUGCUGAGUCCUUACAGGUGAAAGCGCAUAACGAUGACAGCCUGCCAACUUGUGUGUCAUCCAAGUUCAUGAGACUCUCUUCAAGAGGGAUUGGGACUAUAUUUGGAAGAGUGCUCAUAGGAACAGCAGAAAGAAUUCCUGCCUCAGAGCUUGUUGAUACCACUGGUUGUGGUGAUGCGUUUAUAGGAGCAGUACUUCAUGGACUGUCCACAGAGAUGCCUCCCGAAAAGAUGCUGCCUUUCGCUUGUCAAGUGGCAGGCAUCAAAUGCAGAGCGAUCGGGGCGCGCACCGGCUUGCCGUGGCAAUCUGAUACACGCCUGGCUAAAUUCUUCUGUCAGUAAUUCUGAAAACUCUGGAAAAGGGAAAAGGAAGGGCGUUGAUUAGAGAAAUGCAUCAUGCUAUCAGUUUCAUGCCCCAAUCGGUGAUUCGGUGUAGUGCUAGACUGUCAGCAUAAGGAACCGUCAUGUCAAUGCCCCCAUUCAAAUCAUGGGUCCCGAGGUACUGCUUGGUUGAAUAAAAUCAGUCUGGAAUUGAGUUUUUUUUACACUCUUGAUUUAAUUGAAGGCCCUGUCUAGAAACACAGGAUUUCCAGACUGAUUUUAUUCAACCAACCAGGCCCUGUCUAGAAACACAGGAUUUCCAAACUCCUGCAAAAUUGUCAUGCACUUCUUGUGUUCCAAACAUCAUUAUGUAUUUCUAUUCGGGCAUGUCAGCCCUAUAUAUGUAUGGUCAAACAAACACUUUGUACAUGGCAACCUUUACAACUAUGAGCAUCGGAAUCAGCUUGUGUCCAUGCAA